AUGCCAGCUUCAGGAUCCGGAACCUCACUUCUCGCCGACGUUGAUUUGGAAGACUGCAAUCCCGGAUUCACCCCGCGAUGGGAAUUCCGGCCUGAUCUUGACAAGAUGAGAAUAACGAUCCAAGCCAUCUUCCACACCGAAAACGUUCACGUCAAGCAUUUCGCCGAAGGUUGCUUCAACAAGCUUUGCGAAGUGCAAGUCAACGAUCAAGCUCCGCUGUUGCUGCGUGUCGCGCUCCCUGUUGAUCCGCAGAAGAAGACCAUGAGCGAAGUUGCUACGAUUCAAUGGGCCUCGGCAAUCACCGAUAUUCCGAUACCGAAAGUCAUUCAUUUUGAUGCGUUGCGCGAUUCUCCGAUUACUUAUGAAUGGAUCUUGAUGAGCAAGCUCCCAGGCGCACGGUUGGAGGAAACAUGGCGGCAUCUCACCCUCCCCCAGAAAACCGACACAGUCCGCCAAAUCGCUUCUUUCAUAGCGUCUCUGUUUCUCGAGAAGUUUUCCGGAAUUGGCAACAUCUACCCUCCCGUAUGCGCAAGCGAGCUGCCAAGACCCGGUCCAAUUGUCUCUACUUGCUUUUUCUACGGCCUAAUCAACAAAUCCGACAUCAAUCGUGGACCCUUCCGAAACAGCAGCGAGUGGUUUGCAGCACGGCUUGAGGCGAUGAAAAGGGAUGCGACAGCGACUAUGGCAAAGUGGUGUGGCAAGGGAGACCAUGACUGUGAUGCGGUGAAGGAGAUCGACGAUGCCGCCCGGACAUUUGAGAUUGCUCAAAGAUUGCUACGGCUGAUUUGGCGCAUCUUUCCAUUCCACGCUGAAGCAGAGACCACAGUUCUUUAUCACGACGACUUACACGGAAACAACAUUCUUGUUGACGACAUGGGAAACAUUACAGGCAUUGUUGAUUGGGAGUGUGUGUCCAUCGUCCCCCUUUGGAAAGCCUGUGGCGUCCCCCAAUUCCUCUUUGAACAACCGCGAUGGGCUGAGCCUGAUCACAGACGAUACCGGCACGACACGAACGGCGAGAUAUGCGACCUUUACCAUAAGCAUUUACAUCAACAUGAAACUACACUCUUGCGUGAGGUGUUCUUGGUGGAAAUGGAACGACUUGACUCGCGAUGGAUGGAGAUCUACAAAAAGACUCAAUUACAAAGGGAUUUUGACUUUGCCGUACAGUUUUGCGAUAAUGUAGCCGUUUUGAAACAUAUCGUCAAGUGGGCUGAUGCUGUGGAGGCUGGAGGGGACGUACCAAGGAUGUGGGACUUGGUAUGGGCUAGUACGCUGAAGUGGUAUUGA